CUCAGAACGGAAUGAUGGAUUCCUUGAAUAGAUUGAGCACAGUACUAAUCUAAGACUAUCCCAACCGAUGCCUAACGCGCAUCCGCAUACAUCGACUUUAUCGCCUUCCUCCGAAACUCGUCAACCCCAGACCGAUCGAUGCAUCGGAACGCCUCAUCCAAAUUUUCCCUGCACUGAAGAUACCUUCGCUCUACCAACUUGCAGAUUUCGAUGGUAUACUGAAGUUCCAGCGUGGUCUUCUUCUCAGCGUCACUCUGGCCGGCAGCCUGCUUGAAGGACUGGGUCCGAUCUCGAUAAGGUACAAUCUAAUCUGAAGCAUGACUGUUUCAUACAG